CUUCAUGAGCUUUGGGCAGGUUUCUUUGAAUUUAGCUUUUUGUAUGAAGUGCCUUGGCUUGUAUGUAUGUGGUUCAGGAUCCAUCAUAGAAGGAUACCUAGAAAGCAUUCUAUUAUGAGAGCUAGGCUGGUAUUACUGGGGCAAACAGAAAGCCAGUCUAGUUUCCUAUGGUCAUGAUAGGCAGAGCUACAAGCCCCUAAAUUAAAUUAUGUCUAGAAGGCAUUCGUUUUAAUAUAAAAGAAUAAUUGUGUUAUAGACGAAGGAUUGAAGAGUCACUCACCAAAAUUCCACUUCCCAAAUUAAAUCAUUUUAGUGUAUUUUUAGUUAUUCUGGUUUAUAAAUGUCUAAAAACAAUUACACAAGUGACAAAUGACUAUUUCCCAGUAUAAAAAACAUAUAGAGUCUGUGUAGCUCGGGGUUUCGAGCUCCUGCCUCUGACAACGCCGCGAUCUCCUCUCCCCUCCAAUCCUAUUGGCGAUGGACAAUGCCUGCGAGUCAUCCACCGACAAAGGUGGAGAGACAGGGGAGCCAGAUGAGACAGCCGCUGCUCCCGGGGAUCUGGGGGCUACCGACAUGGGUGGAAUCCCAGAGGAAACCGAUAGAGAUGCAGAUGCGGACUUGAAAAAAAAGGAAAGCGAGCUCAAGAGUCAGGAUGUCUCAAAUUUAACAACAGUUGAAAGGGAAAACUCAUCGUUAUUUACUCCUGCAGCCAAAAAACUGAAAAUAGAUACCAAAGAAAAGAAAGUAGAUGAAGAUGAGAUUCAGAAGAUGCAAAUCCUGCCACUGCGCCCAGCAGUUUCUUCUUUUUCUGUGGAGCAGCUGAACCAUUAUGAAAUGUAUUGCUACUCAGUGUUCCAUAAGGCAGCCAUCAAAAGGCUGAUCCAGUCCAUCAGUGGCACCUCUAUGUCUCAGAAUGUUGUUAUUGCUGUGUCUGGUCUUUCCAGGGUUUUUGUCUGGGAGGUAGUAGGAGAAGCACUGGAUGUGUGUCAGAAGUGGGGAGAAAUGCCACCACUACAACCCAAACAUAUGAGGGAAGCUGUUAGGAAGUUAAAAUCAAAAGGACAGAUUCCUAACUCAAAGCACAAAAAAAAUCAUCUUCUUCUAGAUUGAAGUCUAGAAAGGCCUAUUACUGACAGAAGAAGUAUUGGUUCCAGACUUCCUCUAAGACCGUCUGCACUGGUGCUUUAGUAUCUCAGUCCUCCAAG